AUGGCGGCAUCACUGUUCACCUUCUCCUCCACCUCAAGAAGAGUUGUCCCAGCUCCAAACUCGCCUCCUCUUCCCAUAUACAUCAAAGCCACCAACGUAGUUUUCAACCCUGAUAUUCCAGAUGUUCAUCGAGGUCUUGGACUUGAUGAUUUUGUCAAUUUCUUAGCCUCCUGCCCACUCAGAUACGCAAUCAGUGACAUUCCAUCAGAGUUCUUUCCCGAACAAAUCUGUGAAUUUUACUACACUGCAACAAUUAAUGAUGAAAAAAACGCCAUCUCCGGGACUAUUGGCCGUGGAAGACACUCAGUCUUCAUUACCGCUGACCUCCUCAGUGCUGCGCUCAGUUUACCAAUCUUUGAACCAUUCUAA